UGCUUUGCAUUAAUGGCCACCUGAAUGGAUGUUGUAUGAAUGUUAUGUCAAAAUUUUCUUUUAACUUGAACAGAGAACCUAGAUUUUAAAGUGCCCCUUUUCAUUACCCGAGGUCUGUAUGAACUUCGGAAAGUACACCAUGUCUUUUUCUCACUUGCUUAUUCUGACCGUGACAGAUAAGAGUGACAACAAUGGACUUGGAUUUUAUCAUCUGUAAACUUUGUACUAAAAAAUUCACCGACCCAUGCCACCUGGAAUGUCUUCAUGAUUUCUGUAGACACUGCAUUCGUGACGAUUUAACAAAAAAUCUGAGUAACCGGUUAUCUGCAUAUUCAUGUCCAAUCUGCAAACAGCUAACAUCGACAAGAAACAAAUCUCCUGAAGCUUGGCUGGAACAGCUUCCUCAAAGUGACUUUGUGGCGGCAUUAACGGAAGUGUAUAAAUUGAAAAAUGAUGACGUCAUAUGCAUUCCUUGUAACCGGAAAGAGAAAACAACACCAGGGAUUAAAUGGUGUCGCACUUGCCACGAGACGCUCUGUUCGAGUUGUUUGGAGGUACAUGGUUCUCUAAAGACCACAAUGAAACACGGCAUUAUGGAUCUGUCUGAAGUCAAAACAAAAGAGACAAAGAAUACCAUUUUCGACCCAAACUGUCCGAAACAUGAUCAGCCAUUGAUGUCGUUCUGUGAAGAUCACGAUGAACUGAUUUGUUCGUCUUGUACGGUAGAGAAUCAUAAAGAAUGCAGGCUGAUUAAGACAGUUAAUGACCAAGUAAGAGCCAAGUGGCAACAGUUCCAAGAAAUUACGUCAAAAUCUUUUAAUCAUUUACAGAUCACACAAAAUGCUUUAGAAUCCACACAGUCUUCGAUAACCGAGGGAGACACGGUGUUUUUGAAUCUACGCAACAGAAUCCAAAGUGUUCGAAAACGCGUUGAUGAGAUCCUUAGUCAAUGCGAAAAAAACUCUAUAGAAGAACUAAACAGAAUAGAAAAGGAAUACCGAGAGAAAUUACAACAAGAUAUGCAGAAAUUAAAAUCGUUGAACACGGAGAGUGUACACACUGAUCAAUUACUCGGAAAUGUUAAAGAGUUCGGCACGGAUAGUCAUAUUUUGCAAUCACUACAACAAGUUCAGCUUAGGAACACGAGUCACUCGGUAGCUGUUGAGGAAUACAAGGAAGUACCCGGGCCCCCCACGGUUCAUUUCGUAAUCAAUAGUCAACUUGAUGAGAUGUUAAAGUCCGUUUCUUCUUUUGGGGACCUUAUCGUAAACGAGAACAGCAAGAAAUCCGCCGGACGAAAAUCCCCGAAACUAAAUCGGGAUGAAAGCCGAGUUCAGAGCCCCAUGGGAAAUCGCAGAACUCCUGAACGAAUAGUGUCCGUGAAAACUCGGUCUGACGAAAACCCUUGUUUGAUCACAGGUAUUCUGUCUUUGCCUUCUCUAGAUUGGUUGUUCUGUGACAACGGAAAUAGCAAACUAAAACUUUAUAAUAGCCAAUUUCAGAUUAAAUCUGAACACAUCCUGGAAGAAACGCCCUAUGACGUCACUUCUCUUGAAAAUCACAUUGUUGCUGUCACCGUACCCAGAAAAAUGAAAAUCCUUGUGUUCAAAGUGUCGGCUGGAAUAAACUUGCAAGAGGAAUUAAGGACCAGCUAUCGCUUUCAUGGAAUCAGUUAUUCGUUAUCAUGGAAUAAGUUUGCCGUUACAUGUCCUAUCGGAUCGCCGGCCUCUGUCCGGAUACUGUCAAGAGAUGGAAAGGAGUUGAUGAACAUACUCCCAGACGACAACCUCCAGUCUCUCUUCCUUCGCCCUUGGUACGUCACAUUUGACGUCACUGGAAACUCGUUUUAUGUCAGCGAUAGCCAAAGAAGUCGAGUUACCUCCAUCACUAGAUUGGCACACAGAAGAUUUCAUUACACUCACACGAAUAUGAAAGCACCCCGUGGUCUUGCACAGACAGCAAGCGGCGAUCUGUUUGUUGCGGGAUGGGGUUCUGAUACUGUUCACCGAAUUGACGAGGAGGGCAGGUUCCAGGAGGAAUAUCUGACGCGCCAUGACGGAAUUAUCAGUCCCCAGGCUCUGUGUGUAUCUUACGACAAGGCCACAAUUGCACUGUCUUUCGACCACAGCAGCUGCAGGAGUGAUUUUGUGCAUACUUUUCAUUUGUAAUGAUACUAUUUAUACCCUUAACGUUGUAAGUGUAGCCCCAGAAAACAGGAUGUGUGUACUUGUAUAAAGAAACCAUGUUGUUUAUGUCUUCAUUCGUUUACAGAACUAUACUAAUUAAACUGUCAUACAUUUACGGUGUGGUGCGCGCGUGUGUAUGUGUGCGUGCGUGCGUACGUAUGUCAUUUUCAUAAUAUUAUUAGAGUUAACUUUGUUUGAAGUAAAGAUUUUUUAAUCCUC